AGCCUCAGCGGAGCGCCCCAGCUGCAACUCUCUCUCUCUCUCAGCAGAAGCCAUGAGGAGAAGAGAGCCGUCACCCUGCUGAUACCAGGACUCUGGGAUCAUAUUUGUACAUUUCUAGGGAAAACAAACAAUACAUUGCGGAUUUGGCAUAUCUAUCAAUCGGAUGCAGGCAGAGCCAGGCCCAACUUAACGAUGGGCCCCAUUCCCCUGUGUGUGCUGCUUCCGAUGACGGUGCUGGCCACGGUGGUGGCUGUAGCUGCUGAAGGGAAUGCAGUGGACGACGAGUACACCUGGCCACAGUGGAAGGUGCCUCUGGUAAGGAAAAGACGUACAGUGCCUCUCGGCAACCCAAACUUUUCAGCCCAUCCUCAGCCGGAGCUGAGCGGGACCUGCGGGAUAGAGUGCCAGCGCCGCCUUCCCGCCACCUCCCUGGACGACCUGGAGCAGUUCUUGUCCUACGAGACGGUUUACGAGAACGGCACCCGCACGUAUACCUCCGUCUCGGUGCAGGGCCUCAACGAGGUGGCCGCCUGGUCCGGCAACGCCUCGUCCGGCUCGCGCCACAAGCGCGAGGUUUACGGCCCGGACACCCGCUUCACGAUCUCAGAUAAGCAGUUCUCCACCAAAUAUCCCUUCUCCAGCACCGUGAAGAUCUCCACAGGAUGCUCCGGGGUUCUCGUGUCGCCCAGACAUGUGUUGACUGCUGCCCACUGCAUCCACGACGGCAAGGAUUAUCUAGACGGGGCGCAGAAGCUCCGUGUUGGUAUUCUGAAAGAUAAGUCCAGACGAGGGAAAGGAGGCAAAGGGAGAGGAGGGCGAGGAAAGGGCAAAAGGAGAAAGGGAGACAAGGGCCAAGAGGAAGUGCAGAAAAAGGGAGAGCCAGGAGAGAAAGAGGACCGUAAAGGAAAAGGCAAAGGCAGAAAGACCAGGAGUCGGCGAAGUGCAGAAUCAGGGAAACCUUUGUUUAAGUGGACCGGGGUGAAGAAGACCCAGGUGCCUAAGGGCUGGUUCAAAGGGGUGUCCAACGGAUUGACUGCGGAUUAUGACUAUGCUGUUUUGGAGCUGAAGAAAGCCCCGAAGGUCAAGCAUAUGGAUCUGGGUGUAAUCCCCUCGGUCAAGAAGCUCCCAUUCGGGAGGAUCCACUUCUCUGGCUUCGAUGAUGACCGCCCUGGUAACCUGGUGUAUCGGUUCUGCUCCGUCUCUGAGGAGUCCAACGACUUGUUGUACCAGUACUGCGACGCCAAGCCCGGCUCCAGUGGCUCCGGGAUCUACAUCCGCCUCAAGGAACGUGGCAAGAAGAAGUGGACGAGGAAGAUCAUUGGGGUUUUCUCCGGGCACCAGUGGGUGGACGUAAACGGGAACGGGAUGCAGCAGGAUUACAAUGUGGCGGUGAGGAUAACACCUCUCAAAUAUGCCCAGAUCUGCUUUUGGGUCCAUGGGGACUCGAGUGAGUGCCAGGUAGCCUAAGAAAAACACCAGCAAACACUCUCUCCACACAAGGGACACCCUACCUACUCUCUUCCCCCAAUAGCUUGCCAUCAUCAUAAUGUAACUAGGGGCCCAGGCGACGGCCUCUACUCCUCCUGCCUCCUUAUCACCUCCCUUGCCUCCUAGGGACUCCUGCUACCGUGAUCCACACACACAGCCAUACAGACUCACUGUUGACAACAACAAGAACUCGUCAGUGCAUCAAGAGAACUGUGGCUCUUCAGCGUUUCUAAUUUAUUUGCUAGAAAAAAAAACAACCAAGAAAAAAAUAUGUUUUGUAUGUACUUAAGAUCGUUCAGAUCUGCUGUUUAGUUUUAUAUAUAUUUUUUAAGAUUUCAUCUAUUUGAAUAUUAUGUGGGAAGAGUGUAAAUUAAAAUGUUAGUGAGUUGAGCCCCUACAUUCUUCUCAAUUCCACCAAAGCUUUGUUUGGAGAGUAUUGCAGUUUUCUCCACCACCACUGUAAAGAUGACUUUGACAAAAGACCCAGAUUAAAUAUAUAUGUAACUUUGGUUACAAUUGGACUAAUAAGAACUAUGACAUAAUUGGUUUUAUAAAUGUUUUUAAAUUGAUGUAACUGGUGUUUUGCAUAUUGUUUAUUGGGAAAUGUGUUUCUUCUUUUCUCUUCACGGUGAAAUGUGGUUUCAUUGUUGCACAUAAUUGUAUUGGUGCUUAUCCAGAGGACGGCGUGGUGCUAAUUUAUGGAAUUAUAAACCGUUUUGGGGCUUUAGGGGGUACUAGGAGACUUUUCAGAAUAUAUUUUGAUAGCCCAGAACUGUAACAAUGUAUUUCAUAUAAGGCGACAUCUGGGGUGUUAAAUGGAGAUUAAACCAUUGAAAGAUUUCUCUAAUUCUAAGGGUUAAAUGAGAUUACCAAGGAAAUAUCACAAAUUUAAAUCUGCAAUAUUAUAUUUUUACUUUUUUAAGUUGAUGUUCCAAAAAUGUAUGCAAGAAUCCUUGUAAAUACCAAAUACCUGAAAUCAACGAUGCCAACUGAAGACUACCAACCAUUAAACCAAGAUUACUA